CAUUGCUUCUAUGGGCCUUAUUCUCCUCUAUGCUCUCUUGUAGAGUUAGAUGAUUCACAUAAAUAUAAGAGUCCCAGCCAGGGGCGGACUGACAACUCAUGGGGCCCCCGGGCAAUAGGGGAUCAUGGGGCCCCUGUGUCCUUGCCCAAACUCAAAAAAGCCUAUGAAAAAGGUACCAGGUGCAUCUCAUGGGGCCUCCUACUGACCCUGGGCCCUCGGGCAGUGCCCGAAUUUCCAAAUGGUCAGUCCGUCCCUGGUUUGGAC